UAUAGCAUACGCAUGCAUGGUAACGCUUGGCCAUGCAGAACAAACUGCGUAACACUACCCCACCGAAGACGUAUCGCGACUCUCCGCCCCGCCGCCCCGUUUAUGGGCAGCGCAGACAGACGCAGCACAGGGUUUCCACUUCUGGUUCAUGAGCCGCGAGGAGUUCCUGGCACUGCCUGAGGACAGGCCAAUGCCCCGCCACCAGACCCUGAGGGAUCAGGGCAAGUUGGUGCGCAUCUUCAUGACCGACGCAGACGUCCUGUCUGGAGCGGCGAGGACAAAGGCUGCAGUCAGCCAUCGCAGGGUCAGGCAUUGGCACAUUGACCCGGACUGCACCAAGCUGAAGAAACUGAAGACGAUUCUGCGCGAGAGCCCGGACAUCACCCACGUCUGGAUCGACUGGGCGUGCAUUCCGCAGAAAUGGAAGGACGACGCCACGGAAGGGCGCAAAACAUUCGUGGAGCAGG